UGCUAUAAAAGUCAUGGACUUGCGGGAAGUUUCAGUUCAGUAACUAAAAAAUGUGCAGCGGAUCUGGCUUGGUUGGGCUGCUCCUCGGGACCCUCCUGAUGGUAGCAUCCUCGUCCGCGCAAGGCAACUCCUCAAAGAACGUGAUCUGCUACCAUGGCACUUGGUCUGUUUAUCGACCUGGUAUGGGCAAGUUUGGCGUGGAGGACAUCGAUCCGUUCCUGUGCACCCACCUGGUCUACGCCUUUCUGGGCAUCGAGGAGACGGGUCAGCUGCGUGUGAUUGACCCCUAUCUGGACCUCGAGGAUAAUGGGGGACGGGGAAAUAUCAAGCGCUUCAACGCACUCAAGCUGGUGAAUCCCGUGCUGAAGACGCUGGCGGCCGUGGGCGGUUGGAACGAGGGCUCCAAGAAGUUCUCUAUGGUGGCCAGCGAUCCCCUGAAGCGCGCCAGGUUCGUGGACGAUGUGGUCAGGUUCCUGCAGCGCCAUGGAUUCGAUGGCAUGGAUCUGGACUGGGAGUAUCCCGGCCAGCGUCACAGUCUAGAGAACGCGGAUCGAGAGAACUUCAUAACGCUUUUAAAGGAGCUGAAGGAGGGCCUGAAACCCUUUAGUUUCCUGCUCACCGCGGCUGUGGCUUCCGUCCAGUUCUCCGCUGAAAUAUCCAACGACAUUCCGGCCAUGGUCCCUUACUUGGACCUCAUUAAUUUGAUGGCCUAUGACCUGCAUGGACCUUGGGACAAGGCGGUGGGCAUCAAUGCUCCUCUGUAUGCCUCUGAAAGAGAAGCGCAGGAUGCCACAGGUUGGUGGCCGCAGUUCAAUGUGGACGCCAUUGUCAAGUACUGGCUGCAGGCAGGUGCUCCGCCAGAAAAACUUAUCCUGGGCGUUCCCUUCUACGGACGCACCUACACCUUGGCCACUGCCGAGGGCAACCAACCAGGAUCUCCCCAUAUUGGCAAGGGAAUUGCCGGAAAGUACUCCCGUGAGCCGGGUGUCCUUGGCUACAACGAGCUCUGCAAGCUGAUGCAGCAGGAGGAGUGGACCCAGGAGUGGGAGCCGGCACAGCAGGUGCCCUUCGCCUUCAGGCAGCGCCAGUGGGUGGGCUACGACGAUCCACGCAGCCUGUCGCUCAAGGCGCAGUAUGUGAUGGACCACCAUCUGGGUGGCAUCAUGAUCUGGUCCCUUGAGUCGGAUGAUUUCCAAGCCACCUGUGGCCAGCAGGCCUAUCCCCUCCUGCACGAAAUCAACCGCGUGCUCUUCGACCGCGACACACCCUCUGGUUUGACCCCCGCCUCCAGCAAGGACAAGCCCAAUGAGGGGUUCAGUUGUCCGGCUGAUGCCCCCGAAGGAUAUGUUCGUGAUCCGGACAACUGCUCCAAGUUCUACUACUGCAGUGGUGGCAAGACCAACAGUUUUGACUGUCCCAGUGGCCUGAACUUUGACCUAAUCACAAAGAGAUGUAACUACUCGGGAUCAGUAAAGUGCUGACCUUUAUGAUCACAGACAAA